CGCACAAUCAAUGCCGUCACUUUCCCCGCGCUUACAUACAGCUUCACCUCCAUUACUGACAUCAGCUGGUACGACUCCGCCUACCUGCUCACCGGUGCCUGUUUCAACCCUAUCUUCGGCCGUAUCUACCAACUGUACAGCACGAAAAUGGUGUCCCUGACUUCCAUCUGAUCUUCGAGAUUGGCAACGCUGUGUGCGGCACCGCUCCGUCGUCUGUGGCGUUCAUUGUGGGUCGCGCCGUUGUCGGCAUUGGAUCGGCGGGAGUCUUCCAGAACGGCAUGAUGGUCAUUGUUGAACUUGUGCCAUUGAGUUAGGUGCCGAUGUACAUGGCGGUAUUUGGCAUGAGCUUUGGGGUUUUUGCUGUGCUGGGGCCGAUCGUUGGCGGCGCGCCAGCACCUGGCGCUGGUGUUGCUAUAUGAACAUUCCCAUCGGUGCUGUAACGAUGGCGACCAUCUUCUUCUUCUUCCACAUAAACCUUGCGAGAUGCGAUACGCUCUCCGUUAUGCAACAGAUCCAGCGCCUGAACCCCGUCGGCAUCUUCUUCCUACUCCCGAGGUUCAUCAGCAUUGUCUUCGCCCUGCAAUGGGGCGAAAUUACGUACUACUGAUCCUUAUCUACCAUUGUUGGGCUGCUCGUCACGUUCGGCGUCUUGCUCUUUCCUUGACGCCUGAAACCGCCAUGGUGCCGCCCCGCGUCCUGCUCAACAAAAGCGUAGCGGGUAUCGUAAUCUUCACAUUCCUGAACUACGGCUCCGUGAUGGCCAUCGUGUACUACUUUGCAAUCUGGAUCCAGGUCGCAAGGGCUUAAGAGCGACGCAUGCUAGUACCAACACAAUCCUGAUGGACCUCGCCAUGGUCGUUGCGAGCGCUAUCUCGGCCAAAGUCACGUAGCGCAUCGGUCGCAUGCUCCAAAGAUCGCACUGCUACGACGAGCCCAGCU